UGGGGCCCCCGGGCAAUAGGGGAUCAUGAGGCCCCUGUGUCCUUGCCCAAACUCAAAAAAGCCUAUGAAAAAGGUACCAGGGGCAUCUCAUGGGGCCCCCUACUGACCCCGGGCCCUUGGGCAGUGCCUGAGUUUCCAAAUGGUCAGUCCGCCCCUGCCCAGAGGUAUCUUUAUUAAUAACCAUAUAUGCCUAGGUUUAUGUGUACAAUUCCCACCAGGACUCUUUUGCUGAUAAUACCUGUUUCUACAUUGAUUGUAUGCACUAUUAUUAAUCUUUUCUUAUAUAAAGCUUGUAUUAUUUUCAUAAUGACACUGCAACCACUCCUCCUUCUG